UACACAACUAUAACUUUAUACUCACAAUCUUCUAGAAGGCAAUGAGAAAUUAAAAUCAAAAUAUAUACUUUUUCAUAAAUAAAAAACGAUUCAUCGCCUUUAAAAAUCUAGAAUUAGAAUAAAUAAGUUUGCUUUUCCUGAUAUUGAAACGUUCGUGGUUAAAAAAUAAUUCAAGAAAAUGCGUGAAAUUGUUCAUAUUCAAGCAGGUCAAUGUGGCAAUCAGAUUGGAGGAAAAUUCUGGGAGGUUAUAUCCGACGAACAUUGUAUUGACGCUUCUGGAACUUACUACGGCGAUAGUGAUUUACAAUUGGAGCGGAUAAAUGUUUAUUACAAUGAGGCAACCGGUGCAAAAUAUGUGCCCAGAGCAAUAUUGGUCGAUUUGGAACCAGGCACAAUGGAUUCAGUACGAUCUGGACCAUUUGGUCAAAUUUUUCGACCAGAUAAUUUUGUGUUUGGUCAAUCUGGUGCUGGAAACAAUUGGGCCAAGGGUCACUACACCGAAGGUGCUGAACUAGUCGAUUCUGUUCUGGAUGUCGUACGAAAAGAAUCUGAGGGAUGUGAUUGUUUGCAAGGAUUUCAAAUGACACACUCGUUGGGUGGAGGAACUGGGUCAGGGAUGGGAACCUUGCUUAUAUCAAAAAUUCGAGAGGAAUAUCCCGACAGAAUUAUGAAUACUUUUUCUGUGGUUCCAUCUCCCAAGGUCUCUGAUACUGUUGUCGAGCCAUACAACGCAACUUUGAGUGUCCAUCAAUUGGUGGAGAACACAGAUGCGACCUAUUGCAUUGAUAAUGAAGCAUUGUACGACAUUUGUUUCCGCACACUGAAACUUACUACUCCAACAUAUGGCGAUUUAAAUCAUUUAGUUUCAGCAACUAUGUCUGGUGUGACGACGUGUCUGCGGUUUCCCGGACAACUAAAUGCUGAUUUACGGAAAUUGGUCGUAAAUAUGGUCCCAUUUCCUAGACUGCACUUUUUCAUGCCCGGAUUUGCCCCUUUGACUUCCAGAGGUUCACAGCAAUAUCGUGCCCUAACAGUCCCCGAGCUCACUCAACAGAUGUUUGACGCGAAAAAUAUGAUGGCUGCUUGCGAUCCCCGACAUGGUCGGUAUCUUACCGUGGCUGCUAUUUUUCGAGGUCGAAUGUCCAUGAAGGAGGUGGAUGAACAAAUGCUUAAUAUUCAGAACAAAAAUAGCAGCUAUUUUGUUGAAUGGAUUCCUAAUAAUUGUAAGACAGCCGUGUGUGAUAUUCCGCCUAGGGGUCUUAAAAUGGCAGCAACAUUCAUUGGCAACUCAACUGCUAUUCAAGAGCUCUUCAAACGGAUAUCAGAACAAUUUACCGCUAUGUUCAGACGAAAGGCUUUCUUACAUUGGUACACUGGAGAGGGCAUGGACGAAAUGGAAUUCACUGAGGCUGAGAGCAAUAUGAAUGAUUUAGUUUCAGAAUAUCAGCAAUAUCAAGAGGCAACAGCAGAUGAAGAAGGUGAAUUCGAUGAAGAAGAAGAAGGUGGUGGGGAAGAAUAGGAAAAUCUUUCAAUACUGUUUAGUAUCAUUCAAAAUUAAAUUAAAAGUUUGUUUAUAAAAAUUAUGUAAUGUUUCUUUAAAAUAUGUAUAUUUUUCAUGCACUGCAUUACAUACAAUACAUUUAUAUGUAUUUUA